CUUAUUUGAUACAAUUUCCCUCACAAAACCCUAAACCCUAUCUCUCCAAAAGAAAAUUUCUCGCUUUGCCACACGCCUUCUAGACUUCUACACAGACACCGCUCGCCCUUCUCUCUUCUCGUCGCCGCCAUCCCACCGACCAUCUUUAAUUGCGUUGCUGCCCUUUGCUUCUCGCCGUCGUCCCUAUCUCUUUCUCUCAGUUGAUCGGUUUGUGUACCGAUUUCAUCCUAAUCCUCUUCGGUCUUCCUCUGCUAUUUGGUUCUGUGAUCGAACUGACUUCAGCCCAUGUUUAAUUUUGUUCCUUAGGGUUGCCCAUAUGUGUAUUUGACUUUCGUUUGUGCCGUAGUUCUUCAUCAGCAAGUUUUUGAAACUUCUGCUUUCACUACUUUUCUGGCAAGCAAUGGCUCGGAUUGGAAACAAAAAGAAGCAGAGGUUCGUGAAGCCGAUUAAGGUUAAGAAACAGUCUGAGGUAGAUCAUGUUACUGGGGAGAAAAUCCCGAAGAGUUUUGUUUUCUCGAGAGGGAAGUUGCCUGGUCCGCUUAAGCAACUGCAAAUGGAUUUGAGAAAAUUGAUGCUUCCUUACACUGCUCUUAAUCUUAAGGAGAAGAAACGGAAUAAUCUUAAAGAUUAUUUGAAUGUUGCUGGGCCUAUGGGUGUUACACAUUUUCUCAUGCUCUCCAAAACUGAAACUGCACCAUAUUUGCGAGUUGCUAGAACUCCUCAGGGACCAACUCUCACCUUUAAGAUACAAGAGUAUUCACUUGCGGUGGAGAUUGCUCAAUCACAAUUACGGCCAAGAUGUCCAAAAGACCUUUUCAAGAAUCCCCCUUUGAUUGUACUUUCUGGUUUUGGUACUGGUGAUCAGCAUCUCAAACUCGCUACUAUAAUGUUUCAGAAUAUCUUCCCAGCUAUUGAUAUAAAUACAGUUAAGCUUUCAACGUGCCAGAGAAUUGUGUUGCUUAAUUAUAACAAGGACACAAAGCUCAUUGAUUUCCGACAUUAUUCAAUCCGAUUACAGCCUGUUGGUGUAACCCGCAGGCUUAGAAAGUUUGUUCAGAACCAUCAAGUUCCUGAUCUUAGGAGUCUUCAAGAUGUGAGCGACUUUGUCACAAAGGCUGGUUAUGGGUCAGAAAGUGAAGCUGAUGAUGAAGCAGCGACAGUCACUUUGGCCAGUGAUCUAGGUAGAGUCAAUCAAGCUUCUACCAAGAGUGCUGUCAAGCUUCAAGAGAUUGGACCAAGGCUGACUCUUCAGCUCAUUAAAGUUGAGGAGGGGUUGUGUUCUGGUGGGAUCAUCUUCAAUGAAUAUGGUGGUGAGAAAAAGCAGGAUAACAAGAGUGACAAGAAAAAAGCUCAGGAAGUUGCUAGCAGUGAAGAUGAGGAUGAGGAUAUGAAUGAAGAUGAGAGCGAAGGCCAGGAAGUUGAUGAUGAAGAUUAGCUUAUGACUUCGUUCAGGUCUGAAUUUAGGAUCCUUAUUUUCGGUUGACGGCGUAGGAACCAGUAGCCAUCAGCAGAGUAACAACACUCUUGACAUCAAAUUAAGUGGGACUGAGUAAGCUUCCUUAACUAUAACUGCAUCAUCUGUUUUGGGCUAAGAGAUGCGCAUAAUGUGUUGGGAUUGGAAGAACAUAGUCAAUUUUGCUUUUCUUUUUACUUUGAUAUUCUCGGCGAGGGAGGGGAGAAAGAGUUUUUAGCAAACGCUUGGGUUUUUAUUUGGGAAGAAAAUAUCAGAAACUAUGAAUGGGGCAAUUCUUCCUGCCAAUGAUAUCUAUAUCGUAAUACUAAGCUGGGAUAUAAGAUUUCAUCCUUCUAUAUGUAUAAAUCAAAUAUUCUACAUGUAAUGUUCUUUUGAUUCAUUUAUCUAUGGACAAUUAUAUUUGAAAUCUAACUGAAAAUAUAAUCAUAUUUUGGUGAUUGCUAA